AUGGUUACCGAGGCGUGGGUUAAAACUGAUCGACGCCGUGAAACAGCUCAUUCGGAACAACCAUCCGAUGCCAGUGGUAUUGGUGCAAAAACUUCAGAAGGUGGUGACAGGAAAAGUGUCUACAAAAACAAUACGAAAGAUGUGAUAUCCAUCAGUUUUUCACGGGAACAUUCUAUCAGUGAAAAUCAGACGGGCAGAAUUUGCCACAGUGAUAUAUCAAUUUCUUCACUAUCUGAUUGCACUGAGAAUAGGAAUUUUCCAGGAAAUGUCUGUAGAAAUGAUUCACUUUGCCAGGGUAUAAAAGAAAGACAGUUAAGAUUUACGAAACCUGGACAAAUUUCUGUGGUUGAUGAUAGUGAUGUGAACAUAGGGGUGAAAAUGUUAAACUCAAAUGCAGCUGCUGCUGGAACCAAAGCGGAAAUGACAUCAAAAGAUACAGCAAUAAAUGACCAUCUCGUUAACACAAGUCCUCAGAAUGCUGACGUCAUUGGUGAGCCAAUGUUUCUGGAAGUUCUUAGAGGCACGACCAGCAUAGCCUCUUCUGAACUCGAGGAGUGUAGCUAUAAACACUGUAAAGAUAAAGACGAUAGGAUUAUAAUGUGUGGAGACCUCUCCAGUGUUACAGAUAUGCGGGGAAACCCGUGGGAUACAAAUGCCGGCACAGAAUUUACAAAAUCAGCAACGUAUAAAACUCCACAGCAGGAUCAGCUGUCAAGAGGCAACACGGAUGUUACGGGAAGCAAAAGUAAAAUACAUAAUAACAAAACACAAACGAAACCUAGUUAUUCUGAACGAUAUGGUAUUGACUCCAAAUGUUAUCCAGCAGUUAAAAAGAAGUCAGAAAACAGUGAAGUCCAGCAACGAUCGGGACAAAAUAGUCCCAAAAGCGGCUGUGUAAACAGCAGGAAAGGAAAUCGCAGAAUGACUGUCAGCGCCGGCAUGGCGUCUAACAGGGAAACGAUGUUCGGACGCAGGGCCAGUGUUAUCAAUAUAUUACCGGGUCACAACAUGAUGCUAGGCAACAAACUGAUGGAGGAUGACCCAUGCCGGACAUUGGAUGCACAGUCUUAUCUACCGGUCACGAAAGGCAGGCAUCCAUGGAGGCCAACUAGCGACGAGGAUGCGCUUGAGCAGCCGCUCAUGUGGAAAGGAUGUUCACCUGUUAAAGUUGAUGAUGUUAACAACAACAGGGAGCACAAGUUUCAGUAUGGCGAUACGCCUUGGAUAACACACGAGUCUGUUCCUAAAGAUUGCACUCCAGGAAAUACCAUAAUUUUAAGUGUAACUCCAGAUACCGGUCGCAGUCAGAGUUCGGGAGGGAGAGACUCGAUGUACCCGGUGUUGACCAGGGGGUUCAGCCCCAGAGGGACAGCGGUUAAAACGGACAUGGCUUCGUCACUCUGGUUCACGGUCAGGCAGGCCAUUCUCUGUGGUCACCACAAGAAGGCCCUAACGUCAGGAGCACCUGAUAAGAAUGUUCAAACGUCAGUUAACGCACAGCAGCCUCAAGUGUACACGCCUAAAGUAAGACGAUCUGCCCCAUCGAAGACGGUCUUCAGAAAGUUUGACAAGCCACAGCAAACGGAUACUAAAAAUGCGUCGACAGAAGGAGACGGUGAGUCGCAUGCAGCGCCAGCAACGAGUCUGAUAGAGGAUCCAAUCCUAGUGAAGGUCAGUAAAAGAAAUCGAAAUGUAGGCAAAUUCACAUGCCAACCUGACCCCUUGCCAAAUGCUGUCUGCUUUGAGAUACCAGGAACAGGACUGAGACACCAGGACGUCAAACAGCAAGUGGAAAGUCUGCUUAAAAAAUUCCCCGAGGUUAAAAUUAUUGGCAUCCAGUUUCACAAUAGAGCCUUGGUAAAUAACCAACGAGAAAUGAACAACAGAUGGAUCAUCACGACCAACUCCAGCGUGGGCUGCAAACUCCUCGUUGGAAACAACCUCAUCUUUGAUGACUACGAAGCCCAGCUGCGGCUGUAUGACGAAGUGAUCAGUACGGAGUACCAGCAGUUUGUGCGAAUGACGAACUUUGUCAAGAUGAUGGACACGAGGAAAAUUCUGUCAUAG